AUGCAAAGAAAGUCGAUUUUAGGCAAUAGGAAGCUCCUGGGCAGAUUCCCCCUGGAAGGGAAAAGGUGGAUCUUAUUAGCACUUUGUACUUAAAAGUGGAGUUUGCAGACCCAAGCACAAGAUGAAAGCUUAGUGAACGGAGGAAGAGCAGGUCUCCGAGCCCCAAAGACUAAGGACAGUUUCAGCACGCGUAAGGAUUCUAGGCUGAAGGGCUGAGUAUGGAUAGCAACCAGGGUUUCAGCAAGCCUUCUGAGGCUCAGGCUGGUACAGGUACCGGGGAUACGAGCCAGGCCCCAUUGGUUAUGCAGCGUGACCAGCCAGGUGCCCAGCAGAGUGAUUCUGAAGCUACGUUUCUUAGCCAGACCCUGUCCAACCGUGGGGUUAAGAUCUCUACAUUUUACUACUCCAACUUCCAGGACUACGAGGCCUACCAAGGAGACAGAUACCACACCGUCCUGAACUCCUUGGGCUUCCUUAACCUUGGCAUCAGUGAGAACAGGCUGUGUGUUGAUUUGAUGACUGAAAGGUUGUGUCAGAAUGACAUGAACUACAUCGAGGAGCCCCUGCUGCAGUACCCCGACUGGAGAGGACAUCCAUUCCUGCGGGCAGAAGUGGCCAAGUUCUUGAGCUACUACUGUGGAUCACCUAUCCGCCUGAAUCUGAGAAAUGUGGUUCUUCUAAACAGCUGCUGUGCUGUCUUCUCUGCACUGGCCAUGGUUCUGUGUGACCCAGAGGAUGCUGUUCUGGUCCCUACUCCCUUCCAUAGUGGCUUCCUCUUUAGCGCCCAGAUGUAUACACAAGUUGAACUGAUUCCCGUCCACGUCGGCAGUGAGAUCACUAAUACAAACACCCAGCCUUUUGAGCUCAUGAUAGGCAAACUAGAGCAAGCCCUGCUUGAAGCUAAGACUAAGAAUAAAAAAGUCAAAGGCCUCUUGCUAGCCAACCCUCAGAAUCCUCUGGGCGAGGUCAACAUGAAGGAGUCAUUGAAAGAAUACCUGAAAUUUGCCAAAAGAAAUGAACUGCAUGUGAUCAUAGACGAAACAUACAUGCUGUCCGUGUUUGACGAAACCAUCAUAUUCCACAGUGUUCUGAGCUUAGAAAGUUUGCCUGACCCCAACAGGACCCAUGUGAUCUGGGGCAGUAAGGAUUUUGGCAUCACUGGCUUCCGCUUCGGCAUUCUGUACACCCACAACGAUGACGUGGUCUCUGCUAUGACCCCCUUUGGCUACCUCCACAGUGUCUCUGGCAUCACCCAGUACAAGCUGCGUCGCCUGCUCGGGGACAGAGACUGGAUCAACAGAGUGUACCUGCCCAUCAAUCACUCCCGGCUCCAGGAGGCUUAUGGGUAUGUCAUCAAGAGGCUGCAUGAGUUGGAGGAGCAGUUUGGGUUCAAGAUUACCUUUCGCAGCAUUGGCUGUGGCCUUUAUAUCUGGAUAAACUUGAAGAGGUUACUGGAACCGUGUACAUUUGAAGAAGAACUGGUCCUCCACCGCCGCUUCCUGGACCACAAGCUGAUAUUAUCCCGUGGCAAAUCUUACAUGUUCAAGGAACCUGGCUGGUUUCGCCUCAUGUUUGCAGAACAUUCCCAGCGACUAAGAGAAGCCAUGGAUCGGUUUGGUCAGGCGAUAGAGGAGCAGAAGCAAUACUGGAUACAGAAGAUGCUGGAAGAUGAAGUGACGUCAUAGCCUGUCUGCCUCAUCACAUGCUCAGGGUUCCUGGUAUCAGCCUCUGGUCCACAAGGCUGGGGCCUGAACCUGUGCUGCAUCCACACAAGUGGACUCCUCUAGGGACGAUACUGCCUGACUCGGUCAUCAACCUCUUUAAGAUGAGCAUCUGUCAUCUUUGGAAGCUUUGUGUCUUUUUAAUCUUUGCUAGCCAGUGUGUAUAUAAAAUGUUUUUAUUGGGAUUGGAGUGGAGGACAUAGAGGUGCCUGGAGGGAUCAAGGGAGCUCUCUGGGUCUCUUUUUAAAUGACUAUUUUUCUAUUCAGUGUCUAAUAAACUCUAUAUUUUCUUAAA